AUGAAUGACUCUUCAUCCAGCUUCCCGUCAUUCUGGAGAGCACCAAUCAGCAAAUCAUCAGAAGUCGGUCAUCUUGGAAUUAUGCCAGGAUCCACCGAUCAGGAAGUAAUCAUGAAUGAACAAGAGCAAGUGAACUUAGGAAAUGGGCUCACGGAGCACAGAACACAUCAAUAUGUGAACCGCCCGGAAGGAGAGAUGGAUAUGAUGAUUGGAUUUUUCUUGAUGAAUGGUUUUUGUGUUUCAUUUUUCCUUCUGUUCGGUCUCUGCGUCAUUUUCUCAUGUCUUCGGAAGCGUCCUGCCUACUUCCGUAGAAAACAAUGCGCCGAGAGCGAAGCUGCCCCACCAAUUCCAGACGGACCAGCAUUCAAACCAAAAUUAAAAUCAAUUGUGAGCCAAGUUAUCAAGACGAAUAAGGUCACAACAAAAAUCACAAUGGAUCCAGAGACAUUAGAAAUGGAAUCGAGUCCCGAUGAUAGUCAACAAACGAAACUAAGUGCUCCGCAGUUCUCUCGUUCCCCAACUCCAACUAGAUCGGAUAGAAAAACAAGUCUGACCGCGAGUCGACAAGCGUCAAUCGAUCAUUCGAGGAGAUGUUCAACAUCGGUGUCUCAGGAGAAUUCGGCUAUGAUUAGACAUAAUUUACUGGGACCAUUGUCAUUUGAUGACCUUCAUUACAUGUAG